GUCCCGGGCUGGGCUGGGCCGGGCCCGCUGCUCCGCCCUCCCUCCCUCCGUCCGUCCGUGCCUCAGAGCGCGGCAGGUCGGGGCGUGAGGCGGAGCGGAGCGCUCUGGGCCGGCGGGGCUCACCGCGGGAGGUUUCUGCUUUCCUGAAUCCAGCAGAGGAUCAGGGCCAGCAAGAAAGAGGGGUGGAAGAAGGCACUUACAGAAGAUAGAACAUUUGCACUGGUGCUGUGAGCUGCUUUAGUGGUGAGAGGUGAGGGGAGGCAGCCCCAUGCUGUGGGAGGCGAGGAGCACAAACACAUGACUUCCAAAAAGAAGGUCUAGAGAGAGCUGCCUUUCCUUGAAUAGCUCACUGGGAACUUGCUGAGCCAGGAAGAUGCGUGAGUAUACGGAAAAGAAGGAAACAUGUGGGACCAUCUGUCUCAAGUACCUGCUCUUCAUCUUCAACUUCUUUUUCUGGCUGGCUGGUGGGGCUGUGAUGGCAGUGGGUGCCUGGACCCUAGCUGAGAAGAGUGACUACAUCAGUCUGCUUUCCUCCAGCACGUAUUCUGCAACUGCUUAUAUUCUGGUGGUGGCUGGGGUAGUUGUGAUGGUCACUGGCAUCCUUGGUUGCUGUGCCACCUUCAAAGAGCGUCGGAAUUUGCUAAGAGUGUACUUCAUAUUGUUGCUAUGCAUCUUCCUCCUGGAGAUCAUUGCUGGAAUUCUGGCCUAUAUCUACUACCAACAGCUGAGCAUGGAACUGAAGCAAAAUUUGAAGAACACCAUGACCCAGAAGUACCGGAAGGAGGGAGAAGAAAGUGUUACCAGUGCAGUAGACAAAUUGCAGCAGGAGUUCAAGUGCUGUGGGAGCAACAACUACACAGACUGGGCUGACAGCCUGUGGAUCAAAUCUCCAGACGCCAGUGGACGGAAAGUCCCAGACAGCUGCUGUAAGACGAUAACUGACCUGUGUGGCCGAAGAGACCAUCCUUCCAACAUCUACAAGGAGAGCGGUUGCAUUACCAAGCUGGAAAACUUCAUUCAAGAGCAUCUGAAAAUUAUCGGGGCAGUGGGGAUCAGCAUUGCUUGUGUGCAGAUCUUUGGGAUGAUUUUCACCUGCUGCUUGUACAAGAGUUUAAAGUCAGAACCAUAUUAGUAGCUGCGGGAACUCUGUUACUCCCCCUCUGCCUCUUCUCCCUUAGUGCCUGCCAACCUGACCACUCUCUUCCACCACCACCACCACCACCACCACCACCACCACCACCACCACCACCACCACCACAGAAGUGUCUGUAACCUGAGGACUGGCUCUGUAAUUAAAUGCCUUUCAAACCACGCAGAGCCUUACCUGCCCCUCUGGGGGAAAGUUACCCUCCUUGUUAUGUAGAAGGCAGCUAGGAGUUCAGCUGGUCCUCUUCACUAUCAAGAAACAAAAGAGCUGUGGAUCUUCUGCUAGAAGCUUUAGCGAAACAGUGCUUUGAUACAACUAUGAAGCAAGAUUUAUCUGGGGCCAUUUCUCUCGAGGUUUUUCGUGAGUCAACAUGAAGGUAUCAGGAUGCUUUACAAGAACCAUGGUUUGCUCUUUGAGAAGUGGCUCAGCAGCACCAGCCAUUGAGUGUGAGGACAGAUGAUGUUUCUGUGCUGAGCUGGAGCCAGAGCUGAGUGUCUCAUACAUGGAAGAUUUCUCUCCCUCCUCCCAAGUGUGCACCGAUGUCCUCAGCUGUUCUCCACCUGAGAAGAUGCCUGCCUGGUUGUCUGGGACAGGAGCUACUCUCCCUCCUGACUGGGAGCACAACUUGGUGUGUUGAAAUCUUGUCAUGACUGGUGUUGCCAAGAUGUGGGUGCCUUAGGGUUUCUCAGCAAUCCUUCCUCCUCUUCCUUGAAGCUUCCCCCACCACAGUGCCAUUAAGAGCCACGAGAGGCCUUUUGCCUCCUAGUGAUUCUGGAGCUAAGAUGAUGGACUGCUGUCUAAUUCUUUUGGGUCUAGUCUGUUUUAUUGAGUGGCUUCCAGUGUGAGUGAGAGAACUUCUCUUUCCUCCUACCUAUCCCCUGCUGAGGUUUGAGGAAGAGCUGGUCUGUUUCUGGAGCUGGCAUAUAUUGCUACCCUUUGGCCUGUUCAGUUAGUGGAAACACAUUCUCACAUCUCUUAAAUGUUGAGAGAUGCCCUUGGCUUGAUUUUUCUAAUUAAAUCUUCCAGGCUUGUCUCUCUUGUGCAGGAAAUUAAUAUAUACAAAUGUUUUAUCAGCCUCCAAAGAGCUCAUUAAUCAGUUGAGGGUCUUCUGGCUUUAAUGGGAUCUGGAAGCCCACUUGACUGGUCACUGCUGACAAGGUCAGGAGAAUUGACAUCAGCCACUUGCCCCAGUGUACUUGGUAAAUUUGCAGUGCUGGGUUAACUGUCUGUUAAUAGAUUUUAAUUAAUUAUUCUCUCUGCACUGGGAUUCUGGAUACCUACAGGACAUAGCCAUCACCACUGCCAUGAACUUGGUGCCAUCAUGAUGCCAGCAGGCUCUUAGCAUGUCACAGGAUCUUGUGUGUGCCUCUUGUCUUGCCCUCACCUUCAUUUUAACCCAUGAAGCAGAAUGAGCUGUGGGGCUUUGGUGUUUCUGAGCAGUGAAGACAAGCCCUUUUAUAAAUGGCCUGGCCUUUUAGUGGUGCUGGCUGAGCCCUGAUUCUUGUCAGCAGCCAGCUAACAUGAACAAAAUCAUCCAGACCCCUAAAGGGUCUUGCAGUAUCAUGGGGUUUUUAGUUCUCAGAGCAGAGAUCUUGAACUAACACUAAAGGGUUACAAGUUAAAAUUCAGAGCAGGUCAAUCUGAAACUCUCCCAUCAUCAGCCCCAUGAAAGAAUCCUUAACAAAUGCAGAAAGAGAGGUGGAAGAACUGAUGCAUAUCCUUGGUUCCACAGCAGAAGGAAAGAGGAGAAAGAAAUCUAAAUUAUUGUAUAAUGAUCUAAAGGAGAAAACUCUAAAUUAUUUCUUGUUUUAUAAUCAAGUUCCUGAUAAGUAUUGACUACUAACUAAGGAAAAUAUUGAGCAUGUUGCUUGAGGCAAUAUUUCUAGUUUCCUAAGUGUAUCUUCACAGCUGCCUUCUCCCAUUCCCUUCGCAUACAUUGUACAGGGUUGGGGGAGGCCAGGAAGAAUGAGAUAUGAACAGUUAAGUUGGCUUUUGCCCAUUGAGUUGUUUUAUACUUUUUCCUCUGUGUAAUAAUAUUCAUUGCUGUUUGGUUUUUUUUUAACCAGUUUAUGUUGCUGGCCAAUAGACAAAUAAAGCUUAAGAUUCUGUACUUA